AUGAAUGACUACGAGAACUUGUACCAGGCCGGGCUCUACCUGUCGCCCGGCCAGCAAGACCUCCUUCUUGCCGCCCUCUCGUCCAACAACCCGCCCCAACAGAAGCAGUCCAGCCAUACCCCGCAGAUCAAACCCGACCACAGUCCCGACCAGUCCUCGUCCAAUGGCCACAGCGCUCCCCCCUCCGGCGGCUUCGACAACAGCCAGUUCCACAACCUGGACUUUGCAGAGAAUGAAAGUCCCUUCCUGGACUUCAAUCCGGAGGUCGAUUUCGAGUUUCCCGGAUCCGAUCUGAUUGGGGACCUGCCCGGUGCCUCCCCCGCAGACUAUGAGCUCGGUGAGAAGCGCAAGUCCAUCGACGGCAAAUCCGAGAUUGAGGAAGAAACGGGAAAGAAGCGAAGGGAAAGCGAAGCGAAGAAGCCCGGUCGGAAGCCGUUGACCUCGGAACCUACGACGAAACGCAAGGCCCAGAACCGUGCUGCUCAGAGAGCCUUCCGGGAGCGUAAGGAGAAGCACCUGAAGGACCUCGAAACCAAAGUCGAAGAGCUGCAGAAGUCCUCUGACUCGGCUACCCAGGAGAAUGGCUUGCUGCGUGCUCAGGUCGAGCGUCUCCAGGUCGAGCUACGCGAGUACCGGAAGCGUCUCUCAUGGAUGACCAGCAGCGGCGGAAUGUCUGCCAUGAGUGCCAUCCCCAGUGCUCACUCCAAGGGCGUAUACGGCCUUCAGAACAAUGAAUUCCUGUUUGACUUCCCCAAGUUUGGAGAUCUGCCGGGUUCCCACCUUUUCAACAGCCAAGCCCACAAGAACGAUCAAUCCAAAUUGAAGGAUAACUUGCCUCGUGCUCCGGGUGUGCUGAGCCGAAACCCUGGAUCUGGUCCUAAGCCCGACGGCUCCGGUCGUUCGAAUGCUACUACACCUAUAGCAGGCCCUAAUACCAAGUCAAGUCCGUGGUCUACUGCGACCCCAGGCAGCAUCAGCAAUGCCUCUGUCAAGACUCCUUACAACAAUCUGAAGCAUUCCAAUACAUCGAACCAGGACACAUCGACCUCGGACUCUCCCUCGUCCUCGUCCGAUUCUCACCAGAGCCAGCUGCUAUCAUCAAAUGGCACUUCCCCGGAACCAAGCUUGAAUUCUCCACCAGAGAACAAGCCGCAUGACUCCGGUGCGAAUACAUGCAGUAUCCACGGAUCGAUCAAUGGUGAACAAUCUUUCUGCGCGCAGCUCGGCAUGGCCUGUGGAAACAUUAAUAACCCCAUACCAGCCGCCCGCGAUCAAAAGGCCAAGUCCAACAGCGUCUCGAGUGACCAGCACCCCCUCAAUGAUGAUUAUGGGUUGGAUUGGUUGACCCAGCAGAAUGGUGGUCAAUUCGACCCUGUGCUUUUCGCCCCUCUCAAUCUGACCGAAGCAUCAUCGACCCAGCAGCCACCCAAGAAGGACCUGGUCGCUCAGGCCGACAGCAAGCAGGAUGAAGAGGUGGUUCCAGGCGAGGACAAAGCGCAGAUGCUCUCCUGCACCAAGAUUUGGGAUCGUUUGCAAUCCAUGGAGAAGUUCCGCAACGGCGAGAUCGACGUUGACAAUCUGUGCUCGGAGCUACGCACCAAGGCCCGCUGCUCCGAAGGCGGCGUGGUUGUGAACCAGAGGGACGUGGACGAUAUCAUGGGCCGCGCCAAGUAA